GAUCAUAUACCAUUAACUUGUUCAGCAAUUCUAAUGGCUUUGGUCAUGUCAACCUUGUUUCACUUCUGCAUCUUUAUUUUAGUUGCAAGUUUUGCCACCACAGUUUUGUGCCAUGAAAGACCUCAUCAAGCUGCUCUUUUCGUGUUCGGGGAUUCAAUUUUCGAUCCUGGAAAUAAUAACUACAUCAACACCACUGCUGACUUUCAAGCAAAUUAUUUUCCAUAUGGAGAAUCAUUCUUCAAGUACCCUACUGGAAGGGCCUCAGAUGGACGCCUCAUUCCUGAUUUUAUCGCUGAAUAUGCUCAUUUGCCAUUAAUUCCGCCUUAUUUUGAGAUUGGGAAGAAACAUUUUGUUCACGGGGUAAACUUUGCAUCAGGCGGUUCUGGUUGUUUGGCUGAAACCGGUCGUGGCUUUGUUAUAGAUCUUAAAACACAGUUGGAAUAUUUCAAAGAUGUGGCAAAACUGUUGAAGAAGAAAGUGGGGAGAACAGAGUCCAAACAGAUCCUCUCUUGUGCUGUAUAUAUUUUUAGCACUGGCAGUAACGAUUACUUUGCCCUAUUACCAAAUUCGACUUUUUCAUUUUCAGAUAAUGAAUAUCUACAGAUGAUUAUGGGCAAUUUGACUUCUGUUUUAAAGGGAGUUUACAAGGAUGGAGGGAGAAAGUUUGUGAUGCUCAAUUUGGCUCCAUUAGGUUGUCUCCCUAUUCUUAGGGCUCUGAACCUUCAAAAAGGAGUUACAAAUGGAAGUUGCAUGGAGGAGGUCACAAACAUGGCGAAAAUGUUUAAUUCAGCGCUUCCAAAAAUGCUCAAACAACUGGAGAAGCAAUUGCCUGGAUUUAAGCAUACAAUAUUCAACACCUUCAAAGUAUCAGCAGAAACCUAUGAUAAUCCAACAAAAUAUGGUUUUAAGAUAUCAGAUACGGCUUGUUGUGGAACGGGUCCAUUUCGAGGUAUUUUUAGUUGUGGAGGCAAGGGACAGGUAAAAGAGUACGAGUUAUGUAAAAAUGUGAAAGAUUACUUGUUUUUCGACUCUGUUCAUCCCACUGAGCUUGCCUACCAACAAUGCGCCAAAUUAAUGUGGAAUGGAACUCUAGAGGUUGUAGCACCUCACAACCUAAAAUCCUUGUUUGAACUUUCAACAUAACCUGAUGGUAGCAUUGGUGGAAAGAAGGAAAAAAGAUAUAAAAGUUGAUGUUAAGGAGUUUUAUCUCUAUUGUUAUUGCUGUUCUCAGUUAACAUGAUUCAACUAAAUGGAAUCAUGCAAUGUACAUUUCAGUUGUAUAUGCCAUUGGAGAAGGAUUUGUAAUAUUGUUUGAUUUUGGAAGUCACUGAGAUUAAUAAAACAUUAUCCCAUAUCUGUGUGCA